GAGGGGCGCCGGGGCUGCUGGAAUCCAUGCGGGGGCCAUGGGCCGAGCGGCGCUCCGGGGACUGUCCCGCCUGUGCGCGCUGUGGGCAGCCCUGCUCGCGCUGUUUCCCUGCGGAGCCCAAGGAAACUGGAUGUGGUUGGGCAUCGCCUCCUUCGGGGUUCCGGAGAAGCUGGGCUGCGCCAACUUGCCGCUGAGCAGCCGCCAGAAGGAGCUGUGCAAGAGGAAGCCGUACCUGCUGCCCAGCAUCCGGGAGGGCGCCCGGCUGGGCAUUCAGGAGUGCAGGAGCCAGUUCAGGCACGAGCGGUGGAACUGCCAGGUCGCCGCCGCCCCGCCGGGCACCCGCCCCCUCUUUGGCUACGAGCUGAGCAGCGGCACGAAGGAGACAGCAUUUAUUUAUGCCGUGACGGCUGCAGGCCUGGUGCAUUCCGUGACCAGGUCCUGCAGCGCGGGCAACAUGUCCGAGUGCUCCUGUGACACCGCCUUGCAGGCCGGCGGCUCCGCCAGCGAAGGCUGGCACUGGGGCGGCUGCUCCGACGACGUCCAGUAUGGCAUGUGGUUCAGCAGGAAGUUCCUGGACUUCCCCGUCAGAAACACCACGGGGAAGGAAAGCAAAGCACUGUUAGCAAUGAACCUUCAUAACAAUGAAGCCGGAAGGCAGGCUGUCGCCAAGCUGAUGUCAGUAGACUGCCGCUGUCACGGAGUUUCUGGCUCCUGUGCUGUGAAAACAUGCUGGAGAACCAUGUCUUCCUUUGAAAAGAUUGGCCAUCUGUUGAAGGAUAAAUAUGAGAACAGUGUUCAAGUCUCAGACAAAAUAAAAAAGAAGAUGCGCAGGAGAGAAAAAGACCAGAGGAAGGUGCCGAUCCACAAGGAUGACCUUCUCUACAUUAACAAGUCUCCCAACUACUGUGUAGAGGAUAAGAGAUUAGGGAUCCCGGGGACGCAAGGCAGAGAAUGCAACCGGACGUCGGAGGGUGCGGAUGGCUGCAACCUCCUCUGCUGCGGCCGAGGCUACAACACCCACGUGGUCAGGCACGUGGAGAGGUGUGAGUGCAAGUUUAUCUGGUGCUGCUAUGUUCGCUGCAGGAGGUGCGAAAGCAUGACUGAUGUCCACACUUGCAAGUGACCGGUCCGUCCAGCCUUGGGCAACACUCCUCACUGACAACAGGGAGUGCCACACGGCAGUGCCAGUGAAGCCCACUCUUGCAGCAGAAUCCCCAGAUCCUUGGACCUCUCACAGUUCCCUUUACCUGGUCAGUGUCCAGUUAUACACCGAGCAUGCAGAUUUGGGGGAACUCUAAAAGGUUUGGGUUCAUAAUGUGAUGAUUUGGAAAAUGUAUAUUGACAUACGAGGACGAUAAUCUGUCCCCCAGCAAGAAAGAACCUUCCUGCGGAAGACCUGGUCCAUCCUCAGGAUAAGAUCCUUGACCAUGGAACUCAAUAAUGGUGGGUGAAUAUUUUAAAAAGACACCCCUUAUAGCAGCAAGGAGCAGUACACAUGAAUCUCAUUUAUUCUCUCAGUCUUUUAGAUGAAGAAAUCAUUUUAAGUGUUUGUGCCUAGAAACAGAUGUUGAACUGUUAAGAGAAGAGGUGAGUGCUUUCUGACUCUUCUAUUCAUUUGGAAAGAAAAGCAAUUAAAACGAAUUUUCUCAAGUGAUAUAAUAUUCCUAAAAAGUGUUUGCUAGGUUUAAUGACCAAAGGAAAAAAAUCAAAAUUUAACAAAGUAAAAUAUAUAAUUUGGAUUUUAAGUGGCUUUUAAUCAGAAUUUCUAGAAAAAUCUCAGUAAGGUAUAAAGCAAUCUGUGAUGUUCAGCCUCAUACUUUAAUCAUAGACCAGCUGCUAUUAUUAAAAACCCAGCUCUGAAUUACUGCGUGAGGAAGGGAUCCUGAAAGCUCGUAGAAACUAGAGGUAAAGGUCUCGCAUUAUUAGGGAAAGCAUUAUAAGGAAAAGCACCCUUUAAAUGUAUAAAACAGUAUUUUGUAUAGUAUUUUGCUUUAAAAAGUUUUAUAUUUUGUAAAUAGUUUCUAAGUUAUAUGAUAUAUAUUAAAACUUAAGACAUUUAUUGCCAAAGCCCAAGAGCUAAGGCAAUAAAAUUAUCUCAGAAAUAAUAUUAGCUUCUGUUUUUUUAUACUAUCAACUCUGACUUUUUUUUAUAUAUUGAAAAAGAAGUUAAUUGAGCAGUUAUAUGGAUGUGUAUUUCUUGCCAAAAUGACAGUUUUAUAAGUAUUAUAGAUUAAAAUAUGCUUCAAAACAUUGAGGUUUGUGUUAUUUCAGCAGUCAGAUUGGUUGAGUUCUGUUUUUAAUUAGUUAAUGUUUAACUUGUAAAGUUAUUAUAAUAAAUUAUACAAAAAGUA